AUGAUGAGAGUAUUUCAUAAUUUAAAGAAGUUGCGACAAAUGGUACAUAUAUCAUAACAUGCACUUAACCAUAAUUUAAAAUAUUAGUCAUAAAUAAAGAUCAUCCCUCAAUCACUUAAGUAAACAGUAUAACGCUAGAGAAAGGUUCUCACAUAUCUUUCGAUAUAUAUUUCCAAGGUAUAUGGUAGAAUGAGUAAAUAAUUUUUUUAAUUCGGAAAUGAAGUAUUUACAUUUUCUCAUCAAUCAACUUUAUAGUUGGAUAACUUGGUAUUGUUUUGCGAUUCAUACUAUGCAGAAAUUAGAACUUAUAAUGUAACUCUAGAAAAUUCGCAAACCAGCCAAAUGUAGUUUAAUAUUUCACAUUAAGGAAAUGCAUAGAUUUCAUUAAAGAAUAUUUUAAUAUCAAAAAGUUAAUGCCAUUAUUUAUGUGCUAGUUGUUUUGGCCCUGAAUUUAAUUAAUGUAUUAAAUGUUUUGAUGGAACUUCUUAAAAUGGGGUUUGUAAUCAGUGUCCUUAAAAUAUGGUUUUAAUACCUAAAGUUGGAUGCAGAGAUGCGUGUGAUUAUCUUUACCCAUUUUACUCUAACAAUUAAUGCCAAUACUACCCAAGUAUAUUUUUAUUUUAUUAAAAAGGCUUGGUACUACUUUUUGCUGAUUAUCAUUUUCUCUCUGAAAGGCCUAAGAUGUAAAUUCUUUAAGAUUUCAAAAACACUGAUCAACAACCUAUCUUUUUUAGUUAUGAGUGAAGAGGGA